GUUAUUCAACAGCAAAGGCAACAUAAUGAUAACUCUAGUACUUUAAAGGAAGGCGAUAGUAGUCAAUUGUCUACUUCUUUUACAACAACACAUGAUAAAGAUCAUAAUAUGAUUUAUGAUUUUCAUUCUUCUUCGGCUUCUUCUACAGUACCUACUACUGCUUCUACAUCUCCUUAUACCUAUAGUUUUCGCUUCUCAGCACAAGAGAAAAAGGUUUUAAUAAAUAAUGCACCAGAAAAGGAUGAAGCUCAUGAUAUUAGAAUACUAUACUCGUCAAAUAUAAUGGAUAGCCAUUCAUUUAUCAACAAAACAUUGAUCACAAAAGAUGAAGAUAAUGAUGUGUCUUCUAUUUGGACGGAUGAUGCUGCACUUUAUCUCUUGCCACCCACAACUGAGAUGCUUAAAUUGAAUCUCCCUUUACCUCCAUCUAAUAUCUCCUUUUUUGAAGAUAAAAUGGAAUUAGAUACCCUGGCUAGCGAAACUACUGUCAAUCCUACUCACUUGCUCUCCAAUCAAAACAAGGAUGAUAUUUAUCAUAAAGAGGAAAAUGAACUACAAAAAGUAGUUCUAUCAUCGCCAUCGCCAUCGCCAUCGCCGUCACCAUCAUCAACAUCAUCAUCAUUAUCAUCAUCUUUAGAUACGGAUGAAAGUUUGAUGUCAACAACCAUUGAUUCAACAAAACACCAAUCUUCUCUAUUGUCUAUGAUUGGUGGUGUAGUUCAUAUUCAACAAAAGACAGCUAAUAUACGUAGUAGUUUAUAUCAAUCUCUACGAAGAAAAUCGUUUACGAAUGCAUCCGUUUUGUCACAGAAUAAUAAUAAAACGAGUAGCAUUCCUUCUGUUGGCCAGGUUUUUAACUACGAUAUACCAUUCUUGGCUGCUGCUGUAAAGAAUAAGAAUUCAGUAGAAGAAGGGAGCUCAGAACGACCUUCUAUUUCAUCUACAGCAUCACAAUUCCUACAACAUCCUUCUUCUUUACAUGAACAAAAGCUAUCUGAUUAUCGACCUUCUUCUUCUUCACAAGCCAUUAUUACUAUAUCUGAUUUCUUUAAGGGUAAUUAUACUCGUAAAAAGUCCUUUCAACAACAACAAAAGGAGAAGGAGGAGGAGGAGGAAGAAGAACCCAACAGUAAUAAAAUUAUGAUUGAUACUAUGCCCCUGAAUGACAAUAAUGAUUUAAAUUCAUCUGUUGUACCGUCUCUUUCUGAAUCUUUAUCCUCGGCUAUUUCACCCAGAAUAACCAGUUAUUUACCGAAGACUAGUUCAGAAAUAAAUCAUCAAAGGAUAGUACAUCAUGCUGCUUAUUUACCUUCAAUUUCACCAGAUAAAACUAGUUUAUAUAAUACUGCUACUACGCAUUUAAUUGAAACCCAUAGUUUAAAUAAUAAUGAUCAAGCCUUAUCAUUAGAACAACAACAACAACAACAACAACAGCAAGAAGAAAAAGAAGAAGGCAAAAUGAUGACAUCAGGUUCAUUAUCUACAGCUGCUUCAUAUCGAGUCUUUCGUACUGCCUCACA